GCCUUGUUGAUAUUACUUAACUACAAUGACAGCCAGUCCUAGCUGCCGAUAGGAUCUUUUUGAAGCUUGAAGUUUGAAGUUGAUAAAGCAAAUAAUCAGCAUUGGUCAACGCUGUGUGAUAUUAUUAUAUAAAUCACCAGAACUUUCCGGGUUUGUUGGGAUAAUACUCUUUCAUUUUAUUUUUUUCCACGUUAACAUUUAUUUGAUAAUUAUUGAUAAGUCGAAAUUAGAACUGUUAUUAUUCGCAGAAAUAUAUUUGAGAUAAAUUUUUAUGUGUAAAUAAUGGCAGAUAUUGAAAAAAAAUCUCCUGCAGUUUCUAUCAAUGAUAGCACCAAAGCAGCUGCCACCUCUCCUUACGAAGAAAAACAAUUAACAGGUUGGGAAAGCUUCAAAGAUGGAUUUAGAAGACACCCUGAUUGUACAGUCAUUACUCCUGAUAUGACUGAACAAGAAAGGCAAAUUGCUGCUACCAUUAAUUCCCCUUUACAAAGAAAACUUAAAAACAGACAUUUACAGAUGAUUGCCAUUGGUGGUUCAAUUGGUACAGGUUUAUUCGUGGGUUCUGGUUCUGCUCUUAGAACUGGUGGACCAGCAGGUGUGUUAAUCGGCUGGAUUUUGGUUGGUACCAUGAUGUUUUCAACAGUCCAUGCUCUUGGUGAGUUAGCUGUAACAUUUCCAAUCACUGGUGCUUUUAACACCUACGCAGUUCGUUUCAUUGACCCAAGUUGGGGUUUUGCAAUGGGUUUUAACUAUGCUCUUCAAUGGUUUGUUGUUUUUCCAUUAGAAUUAGUCGCUGCUAGUAUUACUGUCGAUUAUUGGGAAUCCGAUAUUAAUGGUCUUGUUUGGGUUACUCUUUUUUGGAUUGGUAUUGUUUUCAUUAAUUUUUUCGGUGUCAAAGGUUAUGGUGAAGCUGAAUUUGUAUUUUCAAUGAUUAAAGUCAUUGCAAUUAUUGGUUAUAUCAUUUUAGGUAUUAUUUUAUGUGCUGGUGGUGGUCCAAGAGGUGGAUACAUUGGUGGUAAACACUGGCAAAAUCCUGGUGCUUUUGCUAAUGGUUUCAAAGGUGUCUGUACUGUCUUUGUUACUGCUGCUUUUUCUUUCGCAGGUACUGAACUUGUUGGUCUUACUGCUGCUGAAACUAAAAAACCAAGAGAAUCUUUACCAAAGGCUGCAAAACAAGUUUUCUGGCGUAUUACAUUAUUUUAUAUCAUUUCUUUGACUUUGGUUGGUUUAUUAGUUCCAUAUGAUGAUGAACGUUUAAUUGGUUCAUCAAGUGUCGAUGCUGCAGCCUCUCCAUUUGUUAUCUCCAUUAAAAACGCAGGUAUCAGUGUUUUACCAGAUAUCUUUAAUGUCGUUAUUAUGAUUGCUGUUUUAUCUGUUGGUAACUCAUCAAUCUACGGUUGUUCAAGAACUUUAGCAGCCUUAGCUGUUCAAGGAUUAAUGCCAAAACAAUUAGGUUACAUUGACAAAAGAGGUAGACCUUUAGUUGGCAUUAUUGCUACAAGUAUCAUGGGUUUAUUAGCUUACUGUUCAGCCUCAGAUAAAAAGGAUGAUGUCUUCAAUUGGUUAUUAGCUUUGUCUGGUCUUUCUUCUAUUUUUACUUGGGGUACAAUUUGUGCAUGUCACAUUAGAUUUAGAUAUGCUUUAAAAUGUCGUGGACGUGAUCCAUUUGAAGAAUUAGAAUUUACAUCAGUUGCUGGUGUUUAUGGUUCAUGGUUUGGUUUAAUUUUAAAUAUUUUGAUUUUAAUUUUUCAAUUCUGGGUUGCUUUAUUCCCCCUUGGUGACGAUCCAAAUCCAGAAGUUUUCUUCAUGAGUUAUCUUGCUUUCCCAGUUAUUUUUUCAUUUUACUUUGGCCAUAAAUGUUACUCAAAGAACUGGAAAUUUUAUCUUUCUAUUGAUGAACUUGAUCUUGAUUCUGGUAGAAGAGAAAUUGAUAUUGAAGUCGUUAAGAAAGAAAUCGCAGAAGAAAAAGCUUCAAUUGCUCUAAGACCUUGGUGGUACAGAACCUAUCGUUUCUGGUGUUGAAAGUUUUUGCAUUCGCUUAAAAUCAAACAGAAUUUUUUUUUUCUUUUUUAAUUAUUUAAUUUUUAUUUCUACUUAUGGUUUCUAAUGAUUAUUUUCUCUUAUUUUGCUUU